GCUGCAUCAACCAACUUCGAAUCGGGAGGGACUCCGUCAUUUCCUUCUCCACCUUCCUCGUAUAUAACCUCCAACGACGCUCUGACGUCCCACUGGACGAAAGGCAACUAGAAACUCGGCGCUCCGAUGUCCCUCUACUGAAGCUGCUGCAGGUAAUUCAUUGCAAGAGUUAGCUGCUGCAGAUAAUUCUUCCAUAUCAGUUUCUACGAUCUCAUUCCUAGGCUUGACCAUUUCCUUGAUUUCUCUGCACUUUUCUGUUCUCUGAACGGUGAUUUUGAGCUUAAAUUUGCUGUUUCCGGCGGGUUUUAGAUCAAUCAACCAAGAUGCAGAACGAAGAAGGUCAGGACAUUGAUCUCUACAUCCCAAGGAAAUGCUCUGCCACCAACAGGCUGAUUACCUCCAAGGAUCACGCCUCCGUCCAGGUUAACGUUGGUCAUUUGGAUGCCAACGGUCGUUACACCGGCCAGUUCACCACUUAUGCUCUCUGCGGUUUCGUCCGAGCUCAGGGUGAUGGUGACAGUGCCCUCGACAGGCUGUGGCAGAAGAAGAAGGCUGAACUGCGCCAAUGAUUUUACUCGCGAUUAGUAACCCAUUAUCUAGUUGAGGGAGGGAGCGAUUAGUGUGUAAUGGAUGAUACUCUUUUAUCACAAUUUGUGGAUUUUGUUCAAUGGAUUGAUGUUACAUUCAUCCUAUGGAAGUUCAGAUUUCAUUUGACUAGAUGCUUGUGGAUGGAAUUUGGUUCUUGCUGUUUUCGUCCUCCCCUCAUAAGUGCGAAUCCAUAUGUUCAACUGCAGUAUAUGUGCAAUUUCAUGAGUCUUGUUGCAGUUUUAGCGAUUGUAUUCGUUUCUCAGUUUGAUCGAUUCUCUUUUGUGUUUCAAUCUGCUAUUCUAUUUUUUUCUUUCAAACGACAGCUUUUUUUUUUGGGCUUGAAAGGGUCGCAGGCAUUUAUUUUGUCACGCAUCUCUUCGAUCGAAAGGGAUUGGUCGAGCGUCCUACUUUUUCUGGUAUUGCCCGACAUACUUUUUCUGGUAUUGCCCGACAGACUCGUAGUUUCGAUAACUUUCUGGUCAAUAACCAUGUAUAACUCAAUCAUCAUCCGUUAA